CGGCGAACCAAAAUUGGAUCGAGAGAGCUCAAUCAAACGUGGAUCUUUUCUCGUCAUCAAUCACACAAAGGCGUAGACUUUUAGGAGAUCACUAGAUGGUAGCUGAUCAGAUGAUGCCGACGUGUAGAUGUAUUUUAUAGAGAUUAUUUGAAUACAGAAGGUGAAAGCUGGAUAGAGAUCAGCCAUGAAGAAGCAGAAGAAAUUCUCGUCGCUGCUCGGUCGUUCUUACACUGUUGGGCGAUUGCAAGUUUCCGUCGAGGACGUGAUUGCUGAAGGUGGGUUUGCCCUGGUCUUCCUGGUCAAAGGUCGCAAUGGAGUACACUACGCUCUCAAGAGGAUGUUUGUCAACAACGAGCAGGAUUUGGUCGUCUGCAAGAGAGAAAUCAAAAUCAUGUCGACGCUGUCGGGUCACAAGAACAUUGUGCCCUAUGUAGAUUCCAGCAUCACGCGCAGCAACAGUGGAGUCUAUGAAGUCCUCAUUUUGAUGGAGUAUUGUAGAGACGGCCAUGUUGUCCAGCAGAUGAACGAGAGGCUUUCGAUAGGGUUCACAGAGCAAGAAGUCCUGAGAAUAUUCUGCAAUGUCUGCGAGGCUGUCUCAAGGCUUCAUCAUUGUCAGACACCCAUCAUCCACAGAGACCUCAAGGUUGAAAACAUCCUGCUGCAUCGGAGUGGUAACUACAUGCUUUGUGACUUUGGCAGUGCUACGGGACGUGUUCUGGAUCCUAAGCUUCACAGUAUCAAUGACAUCAAAGAUGAGAUUGAAAAAUACACUACCGUGUCCUAUCGUUCUCCAGAAAUGAUUGACUUGUAUUCAGAGAAACCUAUUACAACCAAAGCAGAUAUAUGGGCAUUAGGAUGUAUGCUGUACAAGUUGUGUUUCUUCACUCUCCCAUUUGGAGAGAGCAGCCUAGCAAUACAAAGUGGAAACUUCACGAUACCAGACAAUUCCAAGUACUCAAGGGAGAUACAUGCUCUUAUACGAUUCAUGUUGGAAGUGGAUGUUGAGAAAAGGCCAGACAUAUUCCAGGUUUCUUAUGUAGCAUUCAAAGCUGCCAGCUUGGAUACACCUAUUCAAAACCUACAUAAAUCGCCAGUUCCUGAUGGGAGCAAGCUUCCCCUCCCACUGACGGAAAGCGAGCAGAGACAGCAACAUUCCAGGAAUAAAACAAACAACCAAAAUAGAACCCCAGCUGGUCCCAUGGAGGUCAGUACGUCCGUCACCCCCAGGCAGAGACCAAAGGCAUCUCAACAGGGCAUGGCCCCGGCCGCAGGGGGCAUCUCGCUCCCGACCCCAUCCUCUAUCACCAGGCAACGAUCAUCAAAGCAUGGGCAGCCACCAACGGGAGCAGCGGCAGCAGCAGCACAGAGGAUCAGUCCCCCUCAAGUUCAAGCACAACAAGCAGCACAGCAACAGCAACAUCAGCAGCAACUGAUACAGGAACAACAACUUGCCCAGCAACAAAGCAAACAAAGACUCCUUGCUCUUGCCCAACAACAACAGCAGCAACAGCAACAACAACAACAGCAGCAGAUGGCAUACAACAAUGCCCAAGCCCCAGUUGCUUAUGGACCACAGCAGCAGCAAGUCGCUGGGUUCGGGCAGGGGCAGCCACAGCAAGUUGCUUUUGCCGGUCAACAAGGUUUCCAACAGCCUUUUCAACAGCCACAACCGACUCCACAGCAGCCGGGGUUUGGGCAACACGGUGCUUUUUCCAGACCACAGCAACUUAGCUUCGAGCAACAAGCAAGCAUCCAGGCACAGUAUGCGCAGCAACAGGCUGCCUUGCAGCAACAGCAGCAACAACAGGCAGCACUUCAACAACAGCAGCAGGCAGCUUUGCAACAACAGCAACAGGCCGCUUAUCAACAGCAGCAACAGGCUUUGUUACAACAACAGCAGCAGCAGCAACAGCAACAAGCAGCAUAUCUUAGUCAACAGGCUGCUUUAGAACAGCAAGCUGCAUUACAGCAACAGCAGCAACUAGCAUACCAGCAACAGCAACAACUAGCUGCACAACAACAACAACAGUACCAGGCCUCUUCGCCACCUCCAUAUUCCCAGCCACCACAGUUCAUAUCACCCGAGCAACAGGCAAUGUAUCAACAGCAACAGUCGGCUUUACAACAGCAGCAGUUCCUUCAGGCCCAGGCCUUGGCCCAGCAAGCCCAGGCCGCUGGGGCCGUUGGCACCUUGGUAGAAGGUAGGCUGGACGAUAUCAAUCCGCCAGUCUUGGAGGGGAAGAACAAAUUUGAUGGUGACCAUGUGAGCCCUGUCCAAGACCUUGCAAGUCCUACCAACCCGUUUGGUCCGCAGGCUGCCAUCUUGGCCUCCCAGCUUGCAGCAGGCCCGGGAGAUGAUGAAGAUCUAGACAGUGAAUUUGAUCAACUUCGGAAAGUCAGUCCAGAAACCACCACCAAUGCCACUCAGCCACAGACGCAGGGAGUCUCCAAUCCUCCCCACACUACCGAUGUCUUUGGUGCUGUCCCAUUCAAUCUUGGUGAAGGACGGCCUCACUCUGGAGGUGCAGCUGAGAUGGAGCAUAUAGCCAGUGGUGCCGCUGGCCAGCAGACCCAAGCUCAAGGGCACGUCAUGGAGUCCUCACCGCCCCUUGUAGGAGGAGCAGGGGAGCCAAGGAAAGCGGGUGGUACGGUGGAUGUCUUUGGGGCGACGCCUUUUGGUCUUAGCGGGGGCAAUCAAGCUGCGCAGCCCUCGCAGACAUACCAGCAGCAACGGAACAUGAGCCCCCAAGAAGCAGACCUUCUAGGAGCCAUGGCUGUCGAACCACAGCCAGAGUCGGCAUCCACCCCUCGCAUCAGAGUGGGGUUUGAGGAUGACUUUGUUCGGGAGGGGAAGCAGGACGGGAGGUCAGAGAGACUGACCAGUACAGGAUCUUCCGGUGGCUUCAGUUUGGAUAGGUCGAUACGAGAGCUGGAUGAAUUCGGGGCAAAGCCAUUUGGAACUGUCAGGCAGCAGAGGGGAAGCGAGUCGAGUAGCGAUCAUGAAGGGGAAAGGUUAUCAAGUAGCCUUAGAGAUUUCAGCUAUGAUACCUUUGAUAGUGAUUCUAUUGAUAUUCGGAAAGAUGAGGAACAUGCUCACAGGGGGUUACUUGAUCAGGAAGAGUCUUCGGAAGAUGAAUCUGAUGACGAUUCUGAUCACCAGGACUUUGACGAAGUUGGUGCCCAGCCCUUGAUGGGCGAUGAUGGCCACGGUCUAUCGGAUGCGGAGUUAGCAAGUCUGAAUCUGCGUGAGGACCUGCCUUCUAGUAAAGUGCCAAAAAAAUCUGAGCCGCCCGUUGCACAGCUCAUUGACAUGACUGAUGAUGACCCCUUCAGUCAAGCCCCAUUCAAAGCAAAGACUGGAAGUCUGAAGCGUGCCACUGAGCCAGUGGGAAUGUGUGCUCUCACCCCUCCUAUUUCUCCCCCGAUGCAGGAAGAGGAUCCAUUCGGAGAGGCCCCUUUUAAUCCUCGUACCGGACUGCAGCGGGAGACCAGCAAGUCCUCCGUCGGCUCGACCGGCUCGGAUGUCUUCUCAAAGGCACCUUUCUCAGUGUCGUCCAAGAAGCGCCAGGGUACUGGGUCGGAGGUGAGGCGCGCCAAGACGCAGCAUGUAUCCGGGGAACAAACAACAACACUUGGGAACCCAACACCGCCCAUCUCACCAACUGAGCUAGGAGCUCAGGGGGUGUCUUCUAAGAUGGCCAAGCAAGAGCCUGAUAUGUUUGGUGCUGUUCCUUUUCAUGCUGUAACAUCUCAGGGCUCGGAUUUGGAGAUGAGCACUUCAGAAGAUGCAAAGAAAUCAGGUCCAGCCACUCACAAGCGACCCCAUGUGGUGAGCACAGCUGUAGGCGUGCGUCGUUCAAGCAGGACUUCUUCCGGAGGCCGUAGACGUCGUAGCGGAAGCAACAGCUCUCGUUCCUCCCGUCGUAGCAGUUCCAGUUCUGCCUCCAACUCCCUCAAGUCGAGUCCAGGCAGCCAGCCCAGACUACGAGGAUCACAAGACAGUCUAGAUGCAUUUGGCUCACGUCCAUUUGCACUAGGAGACGACGGACAGCCCAAGCCGGUCGAUACCAAGCUUGGUUUUGAGGACUCAUUCGGGCGGAAGCUCACGCCACCCCAACCCCACAAACAGUUCUCCCUUCCUGUGACAAGGGCGGUUGAUGACUUUGGAGCACAGCCUUUCACAAGUCCAGACUCGCCCGCUGCUUCGGCUGGGUUCGAUGACGUCGACCCUUUUGGUGCCGCUCCGUUCAAGCCACCAGCAAUUACAGGUCCAGUGAAGCGGCAGGGUGCUAGGAGGGCGAGGGGUCCGUCGGGAGAGGAGAAGUCUCCAGAGAAGGUGAAUUUUCCGUCCCGACAAAGACGUAGCUUUCAAACAGACCUGUGAACUCAUCUUUGCUAGCAGUUCGAUCAUAACAUGAAAAUAUGCCAUAACAGAUUCAACCUUGUUUCAUCCAGUUGGUAGAUUGUGCUGUAAAUCUCUGUUGCAAUUGUAUGUUAUUGAACAUGCAGAUUUUUUUUCCAAUCAGUAUGGGAUCCAGCAUAUUUUAGAUCUGAUUUUGCAUGUACAUUGUAAUAGGGUUCAAUGAUAUUCUCUGUUCUUGGGUCGAGAGAAAGAAAAAGGACAAAAUGGGAUACCUAUGAGAUUCUACAAGUAUAAAGAGAGAAGAGAGAGAUAAUGAAAUGCAUU